AUGGCUUCCCUCGCUGUUCUCGAGUUCGACCCAAAGGGACGUCCUCUUCAGUUUGAGACGUGGCUUGAGGACCUAAAGCUGUACUUGCUGAGCGAUAUUAAGGACGGUGUUUCCCUCUUUGACCACACGUCUGGAGCCUCUACUGCCCCUCCCCACACUGCUGACAUCGGUCGCUAUUCCUCGCCUGCCAUAGCAGCUUUCGGCCGCCUUAUCCUGCCCUACCUGUUUCCCGAGUUGUCGUCCUUUGCCACUGUAGAGGACCUCAUUUUCCACCUCCGCACCAUUAACGAUCGCUACCGUGCUGCCACCCCAGAUGACGAAAUUAGGGACCACUUUGUCGCGCUUCACCCGACUGAGCUCACCAUUGACCUGCUCGAGAAGCAACUGCUUGCAGCUGAGACUAGUGCAUUCGCUGUAGCUGCUACUCGUGGCGCCCCUUGCACGCCCUUCUUUGAGGGGUGCUCCCCCUCCCCCCUUGCCCCCUCAGUUGCUACUGCUGCUGCUGUCGACUUCCUUGGUGCUGAGGAGGUCGGUGUUGCUUCCACUCCUAGUGCGAAGCGUCGCAGCGGCAAGGGCAAGGGCGGCAGGGGUGGUGGAGGUGGCAGCGGAGGAGGUGGUGGUGGAGGCGGUGGAGGCGGUGGAGGCUGCGGAGGUGGCGGUGGUGGCGGGAGUGGUGGUGGAAGUGGGGGCGGUGGCGGCGGUGGCGGCAGUGGCGGGAGUGGUGGUGGUGCUCGAGGCGGCAGUGGGAGUGGUGGCGGCGGUAGUGGCGGCGGAGGGAGUGGUGGUGGCGGCGGCAGUGGUGGUGGUCGGGCUGGAGCAGGUCAGCGCCAGCAGCUGCAGCAGCAGUGUCCGCGGGAGAGGCUCACGCCCCAGCAGCUUCGUGAGUGGUUUGCUCAGCGUGGGGCGUCUGGGGGUAGUGGUCGCUGCCCGUACGUCAUUCGCACAGGUGACCGCGCUGGUCAGACGUGCGGGAAGUUUCACACCCUGCACCACUGCUUCUCCCGCCUAGACGACGCUUGGCGCACUGAGUUUGGCGAGGAGGCUGAGAUACCCCGCUGGGCGCAGCUGCUUAGGUCUGGGCUUGAUGUCUUUGCUCUUGACUAUGAUGCUAUCCUUAAUGCCAUGUUUGCAUUUUCUGUUAGUGCUGAGGGUGACUGA